AUGGCCACGGAUGUGGUAGAAGUGGCGGUCGGGGAGUAUGUGGAGGCGUACUGGCCGGACGAUGACCAGUGGCUGCCGGCUCACAUUUCGGCGAUCUACGACGAUGGAUCGCUGAGCAUUACUUGGGAGGACGGCUCCCUCAGUGAUGUGACCGCGGACUUUGUCCGCAAGCCCGCCGCGGAGGAGGAGCUUGCGGAAGGCGGAGCAGAUGGUGUUCAGGAGGUGACCGAAGCGGCUCCUGAAAGCGACAUGGACGCGCUUCUCGCAGCUGCAGAAGCCGCGGGCGCGUGCGACGCAGCGGAGGACUUCGUUGCUGGUGCCCGGCCGCCAAGUGCUCUGUACUGGUCCAACACCCUGAAAGGCGAGGCGCCUAAGGAUGAGGAUGCCGAGGAUGAGCGAAAACGAUGCAGGCCCACAGGCCUCAUGAGCUCGGAGGAGGCCCGGAGGAUGGCCUUGGAGGCCAAGAAAGCGCGGACCAAGUGA